GGUCCUAGAGACCUGUUACUCUUGACUGCCAUUUUCCCUAAGGAAGCGAGAUUUGCAUUUGUAAUACGUAUUUAUAAAUAUAACAACGGUAAAACAUCUUGUUUUCAUUUUGUACCAUGCUUCCAGAUAUCCACUGUUAUUGAUACUAUAUCGUAAUAAUAUAUUCUUUAGUAAGUUAAACAUAUUGCAAUAUGAAGAAGCUCAUGUUAUUGUUGCUUUUCAUUAGUUUAAUAAAUAUUAGUAUAUCAUGGCAAAAUUUUAUGAGAGGCCGAAGCAGGCAUGGCAAUUUAGGUGAACCUAUUUUGUCUAAAGAGUAUGAGCUUCCAAAAGAACAAUGGUUUCCACAAUUUUUGGAUCAUUUUAAUCCAACUGAUGCACAUGUUUGGCAACAGAGAUACUUUGUAAAUGGGGAUUAUUAUAAAGUAGGAGGUCCAGUGUUUUUAAUGAUAGGCGGUGAAGGUGCUGCCAAUGCUAAAUGGAUGGUGGAAGGUCAAUGGAUCGAAUAUGCCAAAGAAUUUGGAGCAUUAUGUUUCCAAGUAGAACAUCGCUUUUAUGGAAAAAGUCAUCCUACCUCAGAUCUUAGUGUUAAGAACUUGAUGUAUCUUUCUUCGGAACAAGCACUUGCAGAUUUAGCCUACUUUGUGCAAACCGUGAACACAAUGUAUAAAUUACCAAAUAAUACUAAAUGGAUUGCAUUUGGAGGGUCAUACGCUGGAUCAUUAGCUGCAUGGUUACGGGAGAAAUAUCCCCAUUUAGUACAUGGUGCUGUAUCUGCAAGUGGGCCAUUGUUAGCACAAAUCGAUUUUCAAGAAUACUAUGUCGUUGUUGAAAAUGCCCUCAAAGAAUAUUCUGAGGCAUGUGUAAAUGCAAUAGUAGAAGCAAAUACACAGUUUCAUAUAAUGUUACGUCAUCGUAUUGGUCAGCAAGGACUAGCUAAGAAAUUUAUCUUAUGUAAUCCCAUUGAUCCUGGUUAUACUAAGACCAAAGAUAUUGCAAAUUUGUAUGAAACUAUAGCAAGUGACUUUGCUGGUAUUGUACAAUACAAUAAAAACAACCGUAAUAAUUCUGCCAUGGCUAACUUCACCAUCAAAAGUGCAUGUGAUAUUUUAACAAAUGAAUCAUUAGGUCUUGCUAUUGAUAGACUUGCACUCAUAAGUAAUAAAAUAUUGAAUGCUACAAACAAGAAAUGUUUAGACUAUGUGUAUAAUAAAAUGAUUAAUGAACUUCGAAAUAUAUCUUGGGCUAGUGAAGAUGCAGAAGGAGGACGUCAGUGGAUGUAUCAAACAUGUACAGAAUUUGGAUUUUUCCAAACUUCUACUGCACGGCCAAAUUUAUUCAGUAACAGUUUUCCAGUAGAUUUCUUUGUUCAACAAUGUCUUGAUAUUUUCGGACCACGAUAUAAUAUCCAGUUGCUGAAAUCAGCAGUCAAUCGUACAAAUAUUUUUUAUGGUGCAUUGAACUUGAAAGUUACAAAUGUGGUAUUUGUACAUGGUUCAGUUGAUCCUUGGCAUGUAUUAGGAAUUACGAAAUCAUCAAAUCCUCAAGCACCUGCUAUCUAUAUUAAUGGUACUGCUCACUGUGCUAAUAUGUAUCCUCCAUCAAAAAGUGAUGUACCUGAGUUGAAAGUUGCCAGAGCCAAAAUUGGACAUUUAAUCAGCCAGUGGCUUCAAGGCGUGUAAAAACUACUAAACCGGAAGAUUAUAGGACAUUGAACUUCACUUGAAAUUUCCAUCCUCCUAAAAAGCAGAAUGGUGCAUCAUUCUAUACACAUGGGUGUAGGAACCAGUCUACUAAAACUAAAGGAAGUGCAUGAUUCAAGUGCGUUCAAGUGAAGCUUUACAAAAAUUUUAAAGCUGGUGAACGAGCUAUCGCUAUGUGUGCACAUUAUAAACGUUGCUCGUUUACCUUGACUAGUAAUCACUCGCGAGGGUGGCGCAUGGCGGUUGUGGUGGUACGUGGUGAUGAUUGAUGUAGUGGUGGGCGAUGGUUGCGUGGAGGGUGAGGGCGAUGGUGGUGGGCUAUAUAUAGGAGGUAUUGUCUGCUAGUAACUAGAGAGAAGGAUUGGAGAAAUAUCCAGCCCGAUGGGCCGCUGAGAGACCAAAGGAAUAAGGGUGAUCGGUGCCACGGCGAGCUGUCAAAUCGCGACGCCCCAGGUGCUGGUCGGGGAAGGGCAGCGCCAGUAGCGUAUACCAACGCGAGGGCAUCCCGGUUUCACCUCUUCCAAGGCCACCACUACCGCCACCCCUCAACGCACCAACCCCACCAAGCCCCCUGCGGCGCCGUCCUCUGACGCUGCCACUGCCGCUAGCCACCGCAACGCAAACGGGCUCAGUGUUAAUUCUCAUUCCAAUCUUCUUUGAUCAAUUGUCUUUUCUCUUGAUACGUUUUUAUUUUGUUCACUUUCAUACAUCUUGUACCUUCAACCAUUGGCAUAUCUAGGCAGAGACCAUAGUAUGCCUGGACUAAAUCCAGGUAAAUCUCUAUCCAUUUGCUAAGUUAGUUAAUUUGAA